AUGACCAAAGGCAAGGACAGGGAUAUGACGGUCAUAGCGCGAAGGCGAGAGCAGUCUAGGGCAUCCAUACGGCGAUGGCGCGCCAACGAACAGGUGAAUCGUCGCCUCCUUGAAACUACUGUCCAUCAUUGGGACCCGAAGUUGCUCCUUCAGACAAUACUCGACACCCUGAGGCAGCAAGUGAACGACCUCGAGGCGGAGCUCAAGGGAAAAUUGUCGGUUGUAGGGACUGGUGUCCACGCUAUGAUUUCAGCGUCCGUCGAAGGUCAUGACUAUCGCUUGGACCAGCGCUUGGCCAAGAAGCGAUUCUUCAUUGCUCAGAAUAUGCAACUGCAGGAAGCGCUCAAGAUGCACAUGGACAACCUCAACCACGUCGCGAGCCUGAUGAGCCGUGUAGAUCCCCUAAACACCCAAGCGACGCUGUACGACGAUUCGUUCCUGCUGUACAUUACCCAGCAAACCCAAGUGAAGCUCCGGGCGAUGGACCUGCGCAGGCACUUCAGCGGCGCGGAACAUAACAUCAACGGCAUCUCAUGUGUGGCCGUGUCGCGGGGGGCGUACCAAGAUCGCUCCAUGUUCUUGCCCCUUGCGAAUCGAGUUGCCGACCACAAGGUAGUUCCGACAUUGAAUGUCGCCAUGACUGUGAUCGAAACCACAUCCUGGACGUUGUCCAACCCAAACCACCUUGAGCGGCGCUACCUCGUCGUGCAUCGCGAGCUGAGCAUGUCCAAUGAGUACACCGUUACAGUCACCGCGCUCUCCGAGAACCUGGUCCCCGCGCCCCAUGCCUUUUGCUUUGAAGCCACCAACAUCACGCCGUGGGCAUACACGAGACAGCUCGUGGGCACGUGUGUUUGA